GCUGUGCAAAAAAAAAAAAAAAAAAACCGAAACUCCAUGGCUAGACUGUGCAACGGCGGGCGGGACGGACGACGAUCGCGAACGAAUUUCGUCGGUUCCCCCCGCCGCGGCGGACACGAUAUCAUUACGCCAACACGUUACAACAAUGUGAAAAUUUACAAAUAACGUAAAAAAGGGGGCUGCACGCAUCGUUGUAGACGUAAUUUUUUUAUUUUUAUUUUUUUAUCCGUAUUAUCUGAAAAUUCGCCCACGUAACCGCCCGGCUGAUAAGUCGGUAUCGGUGUACACAGUGAUAACAGAUAACACAGCACGUCAACUGUUAUUGUGAUUGUUGUGAUGUGAUGAAUAAUAUAAAUUUUAAUUUUUGUUUAUUACAAUUACGGUUAUUUAUUACACUUUUAUUUAUGUUGUUUUUAUGAUUAAAUAUUACACGACACACGUAUUUAUGUGUUGUAAUUUUUUACUAGUGUCGCAUCGCGUUUACAGACAUGGGUGUUGCAGUCAAAAAGAAAACCAACUCCCCGACUUCAACUGUGAGAUUUUCUCCGACGACUGCUAUCAUCGAUCGCCAGGGUAUCCUUAAAACAGAAGGACGUCGGCAACUGAAAGCCCAAUCUGAAAGCAAUCGAGACAAUAUUGAUGAAGACAAGUUUACAUUGAGUCGAACAUGGAUAUUGUCAACGAUUGUAUUACUGUGUGCAAUUGUAGUAUUGGCUUAUCGUGGAUACUUAGAUACACGUGCUGUGAACUAUCCCUACGAGGGCCCAAAAGUUAUACAAAAAAAUAGUGAUUCAACAGUAUGGGGAACUUACAGACCAGGCGCUUACUUUGGAUUACGUACUAAAGAACCAUUGGGAAAAGGUUCUGUCGCUGCUGGUCUUAUGUGGUACACACAACAAAGUUUAAUGAAAACUGGAUCAAUAGAUUCUUCAAUUCGUCAUAUGUGUGAUAAUGCUCACGAAAAUUUAGUAUAUGGUUAUGUGGAACACGAUACAGUAAAUUAUGGACAUCAAGUGAUAAAUGAUGGAAAAGAAAAUGGAUUCAAAUUACAAACUAUAUUUUUGAGGCCAAAUAAUAAUGAAAAAACAGAAACAUCAAAUACUGAUUGGACUACACGAAUAAUUUAUGAAACAAAUAAUUCAGUGUCGGCCGUGUCUCUAGUAUGGUAUGUUUAUAUUGAUCCCGGAGAAGAUGAACAGUUAUUGAAUAAAGAAGAGUACUCUCUUGGGAUAAAAAAAGGUGUAAAUGGUAAAUUAGGAACUCCCUUAGUAACAAUUACUGGUUCUACUCCAAGUCUAAGUGAUUUCAAAAUGUCUAUAAUUCCUACACUACCCAACAAUACAAAUAAUUUUAGUACAUCAACGGUGCAUAUAAACACAAGUAUUAGUAGUUCAUGGUGUCCCAAUAUGGCUAUGUUGAAACAAUGCUUAGCAAAAUUGAUGGCUAUUAAACGGCAACCUAUAAAAGAACCUGGAAUUAGUUCACAAAUAAUGCUUGUAGAUGAGAAAUAUAGUAUACGCGAUAAUAGUCACAAAACCUCUAAUCUUUUAAAAAAUUUUGUAGCUUUACAAGUAACAAUUAGCCCUACUAGUAAAAAAGACAUUACAUCUAAAUUUAAAAGUUAUUCUCUAGAUGUAGCUUACACUCAAAAAAAUAAGUACAUAAAUGCAGAUCAAUUUAAAGACAAAUCUCCUGUAUUAAUAGGAAAUACAUUUAGUUCUGUCCACGCUGAAUACAGUAAUAGAUUUCAACAAAAAUUUCUAAAUACAUUUCCAAUUAAAAUGAAAGAUACAGUUGAAAAAUCUUUAUUAUUAGAUUUUGCAAAAGUUACUUUUAGUAACAUGGCUGGGAGCUUAGGAUACUUUUAUGGAUCAUCUCUUGUUAGGGAUGAUGAUAAUGAAAAUAAUUUAAACAAUGGUGGUGUAUCAGAAAUAGAUAUAGUGGAUGCCGUAAAGUAUUGGAGGGCCGGACUGCUGACAGCAGUUCCAUCAAGAUCUCAGUUUCCUAGAGGUUUUUUAUGGGAUGAUGGUUUUCAUGGUCUAAUGUUGGGGAGAUGGAGUGUUGAGUUACAACUACAUAUUUUAGGCCAUUGGAUGGAUUUGUUAAAUCACCAAGGAUGGAUACCUAGAGAACAGAUUCUAGGCUCAGAAGCCAGAUCCAGAGUACCAGAAGAAUUUGUAGUUCAAAGUUCACGAGCUGCCAAUCCACCAGCGUUAUUUCUUACUGUCGACUUAUUACUUAGACAGAUUAAACAACGUCGACAUGCCAAAGGUGAUACGCCUAGUAAUAAUGAGAAAUUAAAUUUUGAUGAAGUCGAUAAUACAUUAAAAAAAUUAUAUCCAAGACUUAAAGCAUGGUAUACAUGGUUUAACCGUACUCAAAAGGCUGUAAAUAAUUAUACUAAACAUUCAACCAAUUCCGAGUUUUAUGUAGAUAAAAGAUUUAUUGGAUAUCGUUGGAGAGGACGUGAUGCACUAACUAACAAGGAAUUGAAUCCGAAAACAUUAACUUCGGGAAUGGAUGAUUACCCUAGAUCAUCUCAUCCUGUCAACGAUGAUGGAACUUCAAACAUCGAUAGUAUUUUAAAUAAAGAAAAUGAUUUUGAUUUCGACGUUUCUGAACGCCAUGUUGAUUUACAUUGCUGGAUGGCUCAUGGUGCACGAAUAAUGAAUAAUCUUCAUAAUUAUUUACAAUCACUAGGUACAACUAAAUUUGAAAAUAAAUAUUCGAUACAUUUUUGGAUGUUGGUCGAAAAUUUAGAUCGAUUGCAUUGGGCACAGGGAAAUAAUGACACAUCUCAAACUUCUGUACCUAAAAUUCCAAUGUAUGCUGAUUAUGGUAUACAUACAGAUGAUGUCAGAUUAGAAAAAUUAAAAGGAAUGCAAGAUUCUGUAAGGGUAGUGGGACGAAAAAGUGCUCCUAAAUGGCGUUUUGUUGAUUCACAUGUGGGGUAUAAUGCACUAUUUCCUAUGUUUUUUCGAUUAGUUAAGAAUUCUCAGCGCUUAAAUGCAAUAUUAGACCUAAUAGAAGGAACUAAUAAUGACAGUACUGAAAAUCAUAGUUUAUUGACUAAACGUUGUGGCUUGAGAUCUUUGUCAAAAAGUUCACCACUAUACAAAGUAAGAAAUACUAUGCAUGACCCUCCAUACUGGCGUGGCUCUGUUUGGAUUAAUAUGCAAUACUUGGCAUGUUCAUCUUUAUACUACUAUGCCAAUUUACCUGAAGAUACAGAGUCCGCUUAUACAAAUAAUGAUGAAUAUGAAAACUUGGAACCAAUUCGGUAUUUAGAUGUGAAAACAAAACAAAGAUGCGCACGGUUAUACGAUAAAAUACGCAAUGAUGUGAUUCAAUGUGUGUACAAAGAAUGGAAGCGUACUGGUUAUGUGUGGGAACAAUAUGAGGAUGAACCAAUAUCAGAUAAUAUAUUAGGUUUGAUUCAUAAAGGCAAAGGAACUCGGCCAUUUACAGGAUGGUCGGCAAAUGUUGUACUUUUAAUGGCUGAAAUUUAUUAAAUGGCGAUUUAAUGUUUAUCACAUUUAUUUUUGUAAUUUAGAUACAAUCAAGUGUGCACUUAUUAGAAAACUAAUAAUUAUUUUAUUUUUAUUAAACUAUUUUUAACUAUUAGUUAAUAAGAGGUCAGUGCAA